AUGAACUUCAAUUUAAAGGCUGCUGGCACUCUACUUUCACGAGCUAAACAGUUCACUGAAGAAAAACUAGGACAAGCAACCGAUCGAACUGAAUACGAUGAGAACUUCGAAGAAAUGUUGGCGCGAGCGGAUCGGACAAAAUUAUGGACGGAACGCUUAGCAUCACAUGUUGAAACUGUUCUUCAACCUAAUAUUAAUGAACGUCUUGAAGAAUUUAUACUAACAAAACUCGAUCAAAAAACUGUAAAUAAACCAAAUAUUUAUGAACAACUCGGUCAAUGUAUGUGUGAAGCAGGAAAUGAUUUUGGUCCAUCAACACAAUACGGUUCAGCAUUGAUCAAAUGUGGCCAAUUUCAUCAAAAAUUAGGCCUUGCCCAUAAGGAAUUUGUUCAUUCAUCAGCUGGUGGUUUUAUGCAACCAUUAAAAAGUUUUCUCGACGGUGAAAUGAAGUCACUAACAAAAGAACGUCGUACAUUAGAAAUCAAACGUCUUGAUCUUGAUGCUGCAAAAUCCAAAAAGAAAAAGUCAAAAACAAUUAAUAGUAAUGUAGCAAUUGCAAUGGCCGAUAGUUCGGAUACGGAAUUACGUCAUGCACAAGCAGAAUUCGAUCGUCAAUUAGAACUAACUCGUUUAAUGCUUGAUGGUUUAAAUAAUUCCCAUACUCAUCAUUUACGUUGUUUAAAUGAUUUAGUCGAAUCUGAAGUUCAAUAUCAUCGGCAGUCUGUUCAAAUUCUUGAAGAUUUACGUAAACAACUUGGCUUAUCGAAAUCAUCAUUGAAUUCAACAGCAGCGGCUACUGCUGCUGCUGCUUCAUCGACACCUCGUACAAUUCAAGCAUUACGAACUGCUACUGUUAAAUUUGAUUACGAUGCGUCAGAUCAUCAUGAACUAAGUGUUCUUGCAAAAGAAACUGUAAACAUAAUUCUUGAUGAUAAUGAAAAGCAUUCCCAUGAUUCUGACUGGAUAACAGUAGAACGACCACAGACAAAAGAACGAGGACGUGUACCACGAGCAUAUUUGCAUAUUGAUACAUUACUUUUCUGA